AUUGAACCCAUCAACACCGGAAGUAGCAGUAGAGGGUUCGUGGAGGUGACCCUUGUUAAGCGAGCGUCGUCGGUGCCAUGGGAGCUCACCUCGUCAGGCGGUAUAUCACCGAGAGGGACACGGAGCCGGACCCAGCCAAGAAAUUCGAGUUCGACUCUCAUUUUGGCUUCGAAGAGAGGAAGGAAAGAGAGAUGAUAGCAACCCAGGAGCAGAUGGACUUGGCCCUGCUGCCCUUGGAUCAGAGAGACUACUGCGCUCAUUAUCUACUGAAACUCAUGAAGUGUAAGAGGGACAACUGGCCCAACUUCCUGGCCUGCAAGCACGAGAGGCACGACUGGGACUACUGUGAACACCAGGACUACGUGAUGCGCAUGAAGGAGUACGAGAGGGAGAGAAGACUGCAGCUGAGGAAGAAGAGGAUUGAAGCCAAGGCAGAAGCUGCGUGAUGGGAACACUUUACAAAUGUGCUUCUUUGUAUAU